AUGCCUAAAUUUACAAAGCAAAAAGCACAUUUAAAUAGACUUGCUUUAGUCAAAAAAAAUAAUAAUAGCUCAUCUGGUAAUGAAAAUCAAUUAGAAACUAAUUUAGAACAAUUUUCAUGUGAAGAAUCUGAGGAAAGUUGGUUUGAAGAAGGAAUAGAUAGAGAAUUAGAUGAAAAUUCUGUAAAAUAUAUUGAUAUCCUCAAUGAAUCCAUGAAAAAUUACACUUCAUCAUCAAGCUAUAUAGCAGAUGUUAGUAGUGAAAAUGAAAGUUCUGAGGAAUUUAUUGAAAGUAAUGAUAAAGAAAUGACAGAAGUUGCAAUUAGUGACUUAGAGAAGCAGCUUAAAAACAAUGAUUUUAGUAAUGGAUAUAAAUUACAAUUUACAGUUGUGCUUCAAUAUUUAAAAUUAAUUAAAUUAGGUAAGAAAAAGUUAGAAUCAAGCAUAUCUAUUGCAAAUCAAUUAGAUAGAGAUGAUGAAGACAUUAAAUUAAGAAUAACAAAAUUUUUACAUGAAAAAAAAUUUAAAUUUAAUAUUAAUGAUUUUACUAAUCACCUUUCGUCUGUUAUUUUAUCAUGUGUUGGGGUCAAAAAAGAAACAAACAUAAGGUAUGAUCGGCAUCAUCAUAACACCAACUCAAAUAAAAUGUUUAAUCCAAGAACAAGAAUUUCAAUUGACAAGAAUUCCUUCAAACCAUCAUCAUCUCAUCAACUUUAUCAAAGAGCAAUGACUGCAUUUCAAGGAGAACAAUACUUAACAGCAUCAUUUUUACUUACAGAAGCAAUUGAUUUGAAUCCAAAUAAUAUUCAAUUUUAUGAUUGUCGAGCAGCUACAUAUGAAAAAUUAGAAAAAUUAAGUGAUGCAUUAAAUGAUGCAAAGACAAUGAUUAAGUUAUCACCAAAUUCGGCAAUGGGCUAUCUUCGUGCAGGGAAUCUUUAUAAAAUUUUGAAUCAAAAGGAAGCUGUAAAAGAAAAUUAUUUACUAGGCAUAAGUAAAGUUGAUCAAGAUGAUCCUUCUUAUCAGAAAUUAUGUGAAUUUUCCAAUGAAUAUCUAAACUUGGCAGUAAAGCGUACCACCUAUGACAUAACAAUAAUUCUACCACAUGAAAUCAAUCUCGAAAUUUUUGGCUCCUUUACAUUUGCUAAUAUCUGUAGACUGACAGCAGUUUCAAAAAGAUGGCGGGAAUAUAUCAUAUCAAUGAAAAGAUUAUGGCAAGAUUUGGAUUUUCGUGUGAAUAGCAAUGUCAAAAUAACUGACAAACUUGUUAAAUUGUAUGUGCAACAUGUACAACAUGAAAAAAUAACAAUUAGAAGGAUAUUUUUUGGUGAAUCACCAAAAUUAACUGAUUGUUCAUUAAAAGUACUCAGGAAAACAAUGUGCCAUCAACUGACAAGUUUAGAAUUGAUGUCAAAUACAUUAAUAAGUGAUACAGAAAUUUGUGUGUUUAUACAUACUACUGGUCUUAACCUAAAGCAUCUAAAUUUGUCAGAUACAAGUGUUGGCAAUAGAACAGUUCGAAAAAUAUUGACAACAUGUUCAAAAUUAGAAACAUUGGAUCUAUCAAGUUGUAAUGGUGUCACCACCGAGGCAUUUGAUCCUAAUGAUUUACAAUGUAAAGCUACUGGAAUUGCUUCAAUUAAUUUAUCUGGAUGUGAAACGGUAGAAUAUUCAGUAAUCAAUUAUUUGGUUGGAUUAUUCCCAAAGAUCAUCCAACUUGAUCUCAAAUGUAAUUCAGUAAUCACACCAGAAGUAUUUUCAAAAUUAACUAAUUAUCCUGAAUUGAAAAGAGUUGCUUUAUUUGAACACAUAAAUAAUUCUGCAGCAAGUUUUGGAAAAGAAUUUAAUAGUUUUACAACAACUUGUGUAAACUUGCAUGAGUUUACUUUGAUCAAUUGUUCAGAAAUGUCCGAUUAUUGCAUUGAAUGUUUAGUUAAGUCAUGCAAAAACUUGGAAAUAUUGGAUCUUAGUGAUUGCAAGCGAUUGACAAACCAAGCAUUGAAUGUAAUAUCAAUUUAUAGUGAGAAUCUAAAAAUUUUGAGAUUUGGUUGUUCGAUAGGGAUUGAUGAUGAUGGUGUAACAUUCUUGUGUAAAUCAAGAUUAUCCAAGAAAUUAGAAGAAAUUGAUUUUCAUGGAAAUUCAAAUAUAACAGAUAAAUCUUUGAGAAUCAUGGGAAAUUUUUUUGUCAAUUUGAGAUUGAUAAAUCUCAAAUCAUGUUGCAAUAUAACAGGAAGUGGUGUAGGUUUUUUUGUACAAAAAUGCCAAAGAUCUUUAAAAGAACUUGUAUUAAAUGGAUGUAACAAUGUUCCACCAGAUGCUAUUGAUCUUUCAAGAAAAUUAUUAAGUUUAAACGGGGGAAAAGUUUUUUACGAAUUUCGUGAACGAUAA